CUCAAGGUUGAGGUGAACACUAUGGAAUAUGACCUGAUGUUUACCAUCCAAUCUAAGACUACUGGCCUACAGAUGCUUUAUGAUGUAAUAGCGCCAAUAGGCCUUACUGACAUGUGGUUCUUUGGUCUUCAAUAUGUUGAUUGUAAAGGCUACACAAGAUGGUUAAAGUUGAAUAAAAAGGUGAUCAACCAAGAUGUAAAGAAAGAAACACCAUUACAGUUUCAAUUUAGAACCAAAUUUUUCCCUGAAGAUGUUUCAGAAGAACUUUUUACCGAUAUCUCACAAAGUCUGAUUUUCCUUCAAGUGAAAGAGAGUUUAUUAAAUGACGAUAUCUACUGUCCCCCUGAAACUGCCGUAUUACUCGGCUCCUACGCCUGUCAGGCUAAAUAUGGAGAUUAUAAUCCUGAAUCACAACCCUCUGGAUUUUUAUCCAAUGAUAGAAUUCUUCCAGAAAGAGUGUAUGAACAACAUAAAUUAUCUAAAGAACAAUGGGAAGAGAGGAUAAAAACAUGGUAUGCAGAACAUAAAGGAAUGUUAAAAGAAGAUGCUAUGAUGGAAUAUUUAAAGAUAGCUCAAGAUUUAGAGAUGUAUGGUGUGAAUUAUUUUGAUAUUAAAAAUAAACGUGGUACAGAAUUAAAAGUUGGUGUUGAUGCUCUUGGAUUGAAUAUAUAUGAAAAGGAUGAUCAAUUAACGCCUAAAAUUGGUUUCUCAUGGAGUGAAAUCAGAAAUAUAUCUUUGAAUGAUAAAAAAUUAGUAAUUAAACCAAUAGACAAAAAGGCCCCAGACUUUGUAUUUUAUGUUCCUCACCUUCAUAUCAAUAAACAUAUUUUAGCGCUAUGUAUGGGUAACCAUGAAUUAUACAUGAGAAGACAACAACCAACAACAAUUAUGGUACAGGAAAUGAAGGCCCAAAGCAAAAAAGAAAGGCUUAGCAGACGACAAGAAAGGUUAGUUGUUUAG